AUGAUAUCUCCUCAUAAGAAACCUCCAGACUCACCUCGAACGGGUCGCCAUUUGGAUGGCCUCUUCAAAGAUGGUAUCUGGUGCUGCAACUGUCCCGAACGGCCCCCUGCGAUCAAGCACCAAGUCAAGAAAGACAACGAGAACCAUGGCCGGUAUUUCUAUGUCUGCGCUCAACCGCAGCCUGUGCGCUGCCGCUUCUUUCUAUGGCAGAGCGAUGCCCAGGUCCGCGAGAGAGCCGCCGUUCUUGCGAACACCCGAUCGGAACCUGAUCCCUUCGCUCAGACGCCCUCCAGAACAUAUCGUGCAGGAGCGGGCCUUCUCACUCCACAGACCGAACACAGAUUCGUUGACGUCCCGCCGCGCAGAUACCCGUCACCACCCAAGACCGCCAAGGCGCGGAUGAUGGCGGAGGACACAGAUGAAUAUGGUUGGAACGAUGACCAAGAUGAUGACGAGGAGCUCAAGGAGGCGCUGUCAAGCAGCCAAUCUGCCACGGCGUCUUUCAUCUCCCAACCCAAUUUCCACCCCGAGUUGCCAUCUAAAGCAGCGCGCACAUCGGAAAUCACAUCCCCUGGCAAAAGGAAGAUGUCGGAUGUCGCAGACGACUCCCCUUCUCGUGCACCAUCCACAUUGGCAACACCGCUGUCUAGCCGAUCAUCUCGAUUCCCUCCGUCAUCGGCGGAAGUGUGCAUGACACCCACACCGAGCAAAUACCGCGAUGUGAUCAGCGCCGACUCGAAAACCAAUAGAUCCGACCUGGCGAAGGACGCUUUGGCUAUCCUGGACAAGCACAGCGUUGUACUUCCGAACCAUGCACUGAACGAGCUGGUGGCGCUGCUCGACCGCCAGGAGUUGAAAAUGAAAGGAAUUAUUCAGGGGAGAGAUAUGUCGCGGAAGGCGCUGAAGAAGAAGGAGGAGCAAAUUGAGAUGCUGAACGAGCGGAUUGAGCAUAUGACGGUGCAGCGCGGAAGUGAUAGUGAUCAUAUUAAGGCGAUGAAAAAUCCUUGA